GAUGCGCGCAACCGUACGGUGCUUAGCGCGGAGAGAGAGAGUCUGGGUGACAGUUGGAACUAACGGCAGCAGACAGACGAAGCGGGUAGCUAGUAUGCGACAUCAGCUACAGAAUAUUAACAAGAUGUUGAGCGUGGCCGUGCUGUGUGUGUGUGCAAUCGCCGGUGGAGUAUCCGCGCGUUCUGACAGCGGUAAUUUUCUCGAUGACAAGUGGUUAACCGCACGGUGGGACAAAUUCCGGGACGAAGUGGAGGAGCCUGGAACCUGGAAUCCUGGGAAACCAUUUGAUAAAGCACUAAACCCAGCUAAAGAUCCAUGUCUGAAAAUCAAGUGUAGCCGUCACAAAGUGUGUGUUGCCGAGGACGACCAGACAGCUACAUGUGUAAGCCAGAGGAGAGUCAGUAUGAAGGAACCAAGUCUGUCUCUAAGUCCACAGUCUCACUGUGAACGCUGCCCAGUGGUCCAUCCUUCACCCGUCUGUGGGACUGACCAACGCACCUACCCCACCAAGGUAACACAAAACGACAGACACAGAUACCCCACCAAGGUAACACAAAACGACAGACACAGAUACCCCACCAAGGUAACACAAAACGACAGACACAGAUACCCCACCAAGGUAACACAAAACGACAGACACAGAUACCCCACCAAGGUAACACAAAACGACAGACACAGAUACCCCACCAAGGUAACACAAAACGACAGACACAGAUACUCCACCAAGGUAACACAAAACGACAGACACAGAUACUCCACCAAGGUAACACAAAACAACAGACAAAGCUACCCCACCAAGUGUAAACUGGACUACCAGGCAUGUGUCUCUGGGAAGCAGAUAUCAGUGAAGUGUUCUGGGCAGUGUCCCUGCCAAUCUGUUCAGCCUGAAUACAGCACCGCAGAGAAGACAGACUGCAGCGAGUCAGACCUGAAAGAAGUUGUGGGCCGGUUGAGAGACUGGUUCAGAGUUCUACAUGAAAAUGGAGACAACAAGAAGAUAAAGAUCCACAAACCUCUGAAUAACAAGUUUAGCCAGUGGGAGGGGCCAAUCUGUAAGGACCCUAUUGGUUGGAUGUUCUCACGCCUCGACACAAACUCGGACCUCCUGCUGGACCAAUCAGAGCUGAGCAGACUGGGACUAGACAGGAAGGAGGGCUGCUCCGACACCCUCUUCACUUCCUGUGACACACAUUCUGGUACACACUCCAACACACUUCUCCUGUCCAGUGCAGAAUGGUGUACUUGCUUCCAGAAGUACACAGACACCCCUUGUCGGUCAGAACUCACCAGCAUCAACAAGAAACAGGCUGGCAAGAAACUACUGGGCCAGUACCUGCCUGUGUGUGAUGUUGAAGGUUAUUACCAGUCACACCAGUGUCACAGCAGCAGUGGACAGUGUUGGUGUGUGGAUCGCUACGGUAACGAGGUGGCAGGCUCACGGACCCAUGGUGUAGCAGACUGUGGCGUAGUGUUGGAAUCAUCUGGAGAUCAGAGCAGCGGAGACUCUCAUUUUUCUGACGACGAUGAUGAAGAUUUUUCUUUUGUCCUAAAUGAUCAGCCCCAAGUAGACGAUGAAGAUGAUGAAGAUGACUAUGAGGGAGAGGAGGGCUACCUGUCAUAGCUGUCAGAAGGUGCUAGAAGACGGCCCUGACAGUUGCUUGGAGAAAAAAACAUUGACUGAAGAUAUCUCAAAUGGCAUCCUAUUUCCUAUUUCAUGGUUCCUAUUGGCCUGUUUCCCAUUUCCUGUUGCAACAAAGUUUGGCCAAUAGGCUAUCACCUGUGGAUCUCUCAGUAAACCAUCAAUACCAGUGAAAUUCAAAUAUGCAGCUGAUCCCACCACAGGGACCAGUCCUUAACUGUUCCCUAAGGCACAUGUUUUUUAGUAGUUGUUGCAACCAAACAUUUUAUAGAUAUUUACUCUGGUUGAUGUUAUCGCAGCAACUUAGACUUCAGUGGGUGGAUUUAUUAGUUUGACAGGCAUUCCAUUACAGAGGAUUGGUAUUUCCUCGAUUGCAAUUUACCUGAGGUGUUGUAUUAGGAAAGUAAUGUUGAUGGUGUAGCAGCCUCCAGUGUUAUUAUUUAUUUUGUUUCCAAUUAAUGUCGAAUUUAAUAUAUUUGACAAGAGUAUCUAUACUUGCUGUCUGAGACCAUUACCACUUGACAUGGUAAUAAGGACAUUUUAACUAAUCUGUUGGGUUACUCAUGAAAUCAAUCCUAGUUUAUCCUACAGGUGUAUGUAUUCUCCAGUUAGAAAUGUUGAAAUAAAAUCCACUCAUAACUUGUAA